AUGUUAUACCACACACAGUCAAACAAUGGGUACAACAGUGAUGGACGUUUGCCAACUUCUGUUACAACAAGAGUGAACGGCACUUUAACCGAUGUCACACACGGUAACUGUGGCGAAAGCCAUCUCAAUCAUACAGUUGAUGACCAUUCAGUACUUCGCAAUCUAGCACAAGAUUUCUUGCUGGUAGACAAAGAACAUGAACAACUGCCAAUCCCCAAUGAAGAUUCACACUUAAACAUUAAUGAACACCCUACAUGUCAAUUCUUUGAACCAGAGAAAGAAUUGGUAGAUAGAUCCAUCAACCUUGGGAAUUGCCCACCGAUAUUUAGGAUAAAUGGGCAAAAUUAUCAUUUAAUGGGAGGACUACUGCCCGACGCUGGUAAGAGCCCGAAGUUUGCUCAGUUAUACAUCCAUGAUACAGAGAACGAGGUAGAGAACCGCAUCAAUGCAUUCAGUGGUGCUGAACUGAACGACAAAACGCAUGUUGAUAUAGUUCAAGACAUCAAGCAAGAUCUAGAUGAGCACAAUGUAUUGGUGCAAUCAUUUCGAUGGGCAAAAACUCAGAUUGACAACAAUCCACAAGUAAAUUUUAAGAUGAGGCUGAUUGGUAAGCGCCAGAGUGAUGCCAGAACGUACAAUUUACCGACUGCUUCUGAGGUGGCUGCUUUAAUUGUUGGCGAUCUAGACCCCACACUAGGGCAACGAGAUAUAAUAGUGGAGACAAAGACCGGUUCACUUAAGAGGAUAAACGAGCUCAACCCAACAUACUUGCCGUUGCAAUAUCCAAUUUUAUUCCCCUUAGGCGAAGAUGGCUAUCGUGAAGAUAUCCAGUACUGUACUACAUCUACCAAACCCACUGGUGCUAGGGUGCGGGUAUCGCAGCGGGAAUACUUUGCUUACAGGAUCCAUGACAGGUUCAGUGAACUUUCAACAAUGUUGUACGCCAGACGACUAUACCAACAGUUCCUGGUAGAUGCAUACACGAUGGUGGAAUCUGGUAGGCUACUGUACAUUCGCAACAAUCAGAAGGCAUUGAGGUGUGAGGCUUACAAGGGGCUGUCUGAUGCUCUAACUAGGGGGGAAGUUGAUGCAAACAAGCAAGGUAAGAGGAUCAUCUUACCUUCGACUUUCACGGGCGGUGCUCGAUAUAUGAUACAGAAUUAUCAGGAUGCAAUGGCCAUUUGCAGACAUAAGGGGUAUCCAAACUUAUUUAUAACAUUCACAUGCAAUCCUAAGUGGCCUGAGAUUCAAAGAUAUAUGGACAAAUGCAACCUCAAUGCAGAAGAUAGGCCAGACAUUGUAUCUAGGGUCUUCAAGAUGAAGUUAGAUGCUUUAGUGAAAGAGAUACGCAAUGGCAAGCUAUUUGGUAUUGUAACCGCAGUUGUGUAUACUAUAGAAUUUCAGAAGCGUGGAUUACCACACGCUCACAUACUCAUCUUCCUAGAAAGAUUGACCGAAGGCUUUUCAGCUAAUCACAUGGAUGAGUUCAUAUCUGCUGAAAUACCUAACAAGGAACGAGACAUUGAGUAUUAUAAAGCUGUUGGGGAAUUUAUGAUGCACGGGCCAUGUGGACAAGAAAGACCUAAAUUUCCAUGCAUGGUCAAUAAAAAGUGCUCUAAACAUUUUCCAAAAAAAUUUGUUGAGGUAUCCACAUUGGAUGAUGACGGUUACCCAAUCUACAGGCGUCGUGACAAUGGUGCAACAGUUGAAAGAAAUGGGGUGCAUUUGGACAGCAGAUACUGGAAUGACAGGGUCACUGCUGAAUUCUACAAGACCACAAAUGAUGAAAACGAAAAUGCAAUUGUGGAUGAAAUUACAAUGUAUUACGAUUGUCGCUACGUGUUCGCGUGCGAGGCAGCUUGGCGGUUGUUGAGUUUCGAUGUACAGCUUAGGCACCCCCCUGUUGAGAGACUAAGCUUCCAUUUGCCAGAUUGCCAAACCGUUGUGUUUGAGGAUGAUGAUAGGAUCGAACAUGUGCUUAAUAGACCGACUGUCAAUCAAAGUAUGUUCACAGCAUGGUUUGAUGCUAACAAGAAAUAUGCAUCAGUUAAAGAGUUGGCUUAUAUUGACAUGCCAAGCAAAUUUGUGUGGAAGAAAGAUAUUAGGGAAUGGCAUCCUAGGAAGAGGGGGUUCUCUAUUGGACGCAUAUUUUUUGUACCUCCAGGAAGUGGUGAAGUCUACUACUUGAGAUGUCUUUUAAACGUAGUUCGUGGUCCGACGAGUUUUCAAGACAUCAGGACAGUUCAAGGUGUUGUAUACCAAACUUUUAGAGAUGCAUGCUAUGCUAGAGGGCUGCUAGACGAUGAUAGAGAAUACAUUGAUGCAAUCAAUGAAGCAAGUAAUUGGUCUACUGCCCAAUCUACGAGGAAAUUAUUUGUCAUAUUACUCACUGCAAACUUGGUGAAUCGACCUGAGAAUGUGUGGAAUCACGUCUGGCACCAUCUAUGUGAGGAUGUACAAUUUAACAGGAGAAUAGUGCUGAAAGACAUGGGGUUGUGUUUGUCUGAUGAUGAGAAGAAAAACCUAGGUCUUCUUGAACUAGAGUGUUUAUUGCAGUUGUACAACAAGUGUUUGAAAGAUUACCUGCAAAUGCCAAUUCCAAAUUAUGAUGAUGCAUUAUUGGCCAACAAUCGAUUGCUGUUUGAUGAGCUUAACUACGACCGGCAGGCAAUGAGAGAAGAAUGUGAGAAGAUGGAGAGGCAAUUAACUGAUGAGCAGUUUGUUGUAUACGACACAAUUCUAAGGGAUAUACAACACCAGAACGGCGGGUUGUUCUUUGUAUACGGUUAUGGAGGUACAGGUAAAACUUUUGUUUGGAAAGCAUUAUCUUCGAAGAUACGAUCGGCAGGUAAUAUUGUACUAAAUGUUGCGUCAAGUGGUAUUGCAUCAUUGCUACUCCCAGGCAGUCGAACAGCUCACUCAAGGUUCGCCAUUCCAAUUGCAGUUAACGAGGACUCCACGUGCAAUAUUAGUCAAGGUAGUCCACUAGCCGAAUUGCUAAUCCAAGCCAAGCUAAUCAUAUGGGAUGAAGCACCAAUGAUGCACAAACACUGCUUUGAGGCUCUGGAUAAGACAAUGCGCGACCUGCUGCGGCACAGCAAUCCUCAUAGCAUGCAUAAGACAUUUGGCGGGAAGACAGUGGUAUUAGGUGGUGACUUCCGACAAAUAUUGCCAGUCGUUCCUAAGGGCUCUAGGCAAGAUAUUGUUUCAGCUGCAAUCAACUCAUCCUACCUUUGGGAGUCAUGCCAAGUACUACGCCUAACCAAAAACCUGCGUCUUAAAACACUUGAUGCGUCCGCUAAUAACAUACACAUUGAACAGUUUGCAUCUUGGUUGGCUGAUAUAGGAAAUGGAACAUUAGGCGGACCUAAUGAUGGCCAUGCAAAAGUUGAAAUACUGAAAGAAAUAUUAUUGCCAUCAAAUGGUGACUACAUAUCUACAAUAGUUGAUAGUGUCUUCCCAAUGUUCAGGCAGGGCGGAUCCGACUUUCAACAAAUGGAGAAUCGUGCCAUACUUGCGCCAACACUAGAUGUGGUGAAUGCGGUAAAUGAGUAUAUGAGUGAUUUGCAUGUUGCUGAGAGCCAAACAUACCUAAGUUGCGACAGUGUAUGUAAGUCUGACUCAACAAAUGGUAUACUAUAUGAUAUGCACACUCCAGAAUUUCUAAAUGGGUUGAAAGCUUCGGGCAUACCCAACCAUUCUUUAACUUUGAAGAUUGGGUCUCCCGUAAUGUUGUUGAGAAAUAUAGAUCACUCAAUGGGACUUUGUAAUGGUACAAGAUUGAUCAUUACUAGGUUAUCUGAUCAUGUUGUAGAAGCAAAGAUUGUCGGAGGCCACAAUGCCGGUGAUGGUGUAAAUAAGGAUAAGGAAGGGAGGAAAGCCUGUUUCCUCCCUGGUCAUGAAGAGAGAAGAAGAUGGAAGGGAGAAGGAAGGAGCUCAGUGAGUCCUUCGGAUUCAGGCUGCCAUUACAGUGGAGGGUCAGGUGAGAGACGAGUGGCAGCCGACAGCGGUGGUGGAGACUCUAGUAGUCUGGUUUCUUUUUCGCAAAUUGAAACAGGCGAGAAAACAGAAGAAAAAGUGGAUCAUGACGAUGAUUAUCAUGAUUGGGAUGGCGGCGGUGGAACGCUGUACGACCGAGAUGAUGGCGAAGCGCUGUAUUUUCCGGUAAGCCGCGACACGGCGGCAGUGAGUUGUGACGGUGAUGAGGAUGUGUAUGAAUAUAGAAGGAUAAGGAAGGGAGGAAAGCCUGUUUCCUCCCUGGUCAUGAAGAGAGAAGAAGAUAGAAGGGAGAAGAAAGGAGCUCAGUGA